UGAAUAUAGCUGCGGCCGCUUGUGCCCUUUCGCUCGCUUCCCUACUGCAGCUGUCUGGGUUCGUAAUUGACUGCUGGGCGCGAGGUGUCCGGGUUCGUAAUUACACGACAUGCACCUGCUACCUCGCCGUUUUCUUUACCUCCGCCGUUUUCGUGUACAGUCAGGACUUUGCGACAUGA